AUACUUCAAUUUUUAUUUUGUUACUAUUCUGAUGGCUUUUCUCAUAUGUUGACUAAUAAUAAUAAUAAUAAAAAAAAUUGAUCAGUACCUCCUUUGUUUCUAUCGAUGCCAGUACAUCGAACUUGUAAAAUGAAAAGCUGAAUAUGAUUUUUUGUCUUGCUCUAAACAAUCUUCUGCGUAUUAGUUUUGAUCUUCUUUUCUCUACCUUUUGAUCAGACCAGGUUUGGGAAAAUUGAAACAGAGCUAUGGCUCAAUACGGUGCUAGAGUGGUUGUGCCUAUAGACUUGAAGAAGAAGCCAUGGGAACAGAAACUUCCACUUCACAACCGGUGGCACCCUGAUAUACCACCAGUGACAGAAGCUACAGACUAAAGAAUGAAUUCCAAGGAGGGAUCGCCCCCAUGUGUGAGAAAAAUAUCAAGAAUUUUAAAUUAAUAGAGAUAAACCCAAUUCAUAAUCUAUACCGUUUUUUCAACUCCAAAAUUGGUAGAGCUUGAGUUGGUCAUACUCGAUGCUAGAAAGUCAGAAAUGUGUUUGAAUUUAUCCUAUAUUGAAAGCUACUUGGAACAAUGUGAAAGACCUUGUCUCUCUCCCAUUUGUCAGCCAGUAGUUUGUAUGGAUUCUGAAUUCCGAUCCCUUACUAGCAUUGAUGCUUUAGAGUAAUAUAUUAAAUAUAAAGCAAGCAUCGUUUAUGAAUCUUGCUUGUUCACCGAUUCUAUGGCUCCUCCAACUCCAAAAGUAGUAAUUCCUAUAGACGUGAAAAGCAAGCCAUGGCAACAAAAGCUACCUCUUCACAACCGUUGGCACCCUCAAAUUCCUCUGGUGGUAGAGGCCAAAACCGGUGAGGUUUUCAGAGUAGAGAUGGUAGAUUGGACAGGCGGUGCUGUCAAAGAUGAUGAUUCUGCACUAGAUAUAAAAUGCAUAGACCCCUCAACUGUUCAUUACCUCAGUGGACCAAUCCGAAUUGUGGACAAGGAUGGGAUUCCAGCCAAGCCGGGCGAUCUACCGGCAGUGGGAGAUGAAUGGGGACACACAGCGACUUGAGAUCGAGAGAAUGGAGGUGGUUUUCUGACUGAUCAUUUUCCUAGUGCAACCAAAGCAAUUUGGUAUUUUGAAGGAAUAUAUGCCUAUUCUCCUCACAUACCAGGAGUAAGAUUUGCAGGUUUGACUCAUCCGGGAAUAGUUGGAACAGCACCAUCCAUGGAACUUCUAAAUAUAUGGAAUGAAAGGGAAAGACAACUUGAAGAGAAUGGGUUGCAUUCUCUGAAGCCAUGUGAAGUUUUGCAUCAACGUCCCUUGGCUAACUUACCAUCAACAAAAGGUUGUGUCCUUGGAAAUCUUUCUAAGGGCACUCCAGAAUGGGAGAAGAUAGCUAGGGAGGCUGCAAGGACAGUACCAGGAAGAGAAAAUGGAGGAAACUGUGACAUCAAGAACCUCAGCAGAGGCUCAAAAGUAUACCUUCCGGUAUUUGUGGAGGGAGCGAAUCUGAGUACUGGUGACAUGCAUUUUUCUCAGGGUGAUGGUGAAAUCUCAUUCUGUGGGGCAAUAGAGAUGAGUGGCUUUUUGGAGCUCAAGUGUGAAAUUAUAAGGGAAGGAAUGAAAGAGUAUCUGACACCAAUGGGGCCAACUCCUCUUCAUGUAAACCCAAUCUUCGAAAUAGGUCCUGUUGAACCAAGAUUCUCAGAAUGGCUUGUAUUUGAAGGCAUCAGCGUUGACGAGAGUGGGAGGCAGCACUCUCUUGAUGCCUCUAUCGCUUACAAGCGUGCAGUACUCAAUGCCAUUGACUACCUCUCUAAAUUUGGAUAUUCCAAAGAACAGGCGUAUCUUCUGUUGUCAUGUUGUCCUUGUGAAGGAAGAAUUUCUGGAAUAGUCGACGUUCCCAAUGCUUUAGCAACCUUAGCAAUCCCAACAGCUAUAUUCGACCAGGAUAUUCGUCCAAAAUCCAACAAGGUUCCUGUUGGACCCCAGAUCGUGAGGAAACCAGAUGUCCUGAAAUCCACCUAUGAAGGAAAUCUGCCCAUUACAAGGAACCCUAGCUCCACAGUUUAAAUCUUACCUAUGGUACUCGGUCGAAGAUAACAGAUAUAUACCAUCUUCCAUGAAUAUAGGAACUUGCACCGAUAAUAUUCAUGCAAAUACAAUGUGGAACUAAAUUGUUGCUGGAUAUCAUCUACUUUCUGGGUAAGCAAUCCAAGCACAUCAUGUAAGUGACAAAGAUCAUUACCUUUUAUCAUCCCGGAAAGUUCCACACUGUUCUUUUAGCUUGUUAUUUGAAUAUUGGUGUGCUAAUCCACACCGCCGUCAAAAACAAUCAAUUUCAUUGCUACUACAUGUAAUUCUGAAUAAUAUCAAAUGUUUACUGAAUCUAAAGCCUAUAAACAGACACAUUCUGAAGACGUUUUAAAAGUUUUAGCAACUCUAUUUUGUCAUCUUUAAAGGGCAAACAAUGAAAUGUUAUCCGGAGGUUUAGUCGUAAAAACAUAAACCAAGAUGAAUGUAAAAUCUCCUUGAAAGUAACAUGAAAAAACUAUCACCUGUUGCGACAUUAGAAAGCCACUAAUUUUUGUACAGCGAAAACAACAAUACAAGUGACAGAUAACCCAAAAUAGAUAAUAGCAAAAUACCAAAUGUUUAAUUUUUAAAACAAUAAGUUUUUGGUUCAUCAACUCUAAGGCUAAUAUUAGUAGUACUUCUCAAAAUUGGGAAAAGCUGCAACCAUACAAAAAAAAAAAUAGAUGCAAGGAAUGUAUGGACACAUCUGGCCGAAGACUUCGCCCCAAAACUUACUGUGCUAGUUUCCUAAAAUCUAACAGUUAGAAACAUAAAUUAAGAAGGGCACCAUUGGAUUUGUUGUGCUCAGUAAUAUAUUGAAAGUGUUCGGUGGUGUUGCAGAGAUGGAAAUUGAAUGCCAAAAGACCAAAGCCAAAGGUCUAACUCCACACUAAGCACCUGAAUAAAAAAGUCACAUGAUU